AUGCGUCAUUUCAAUAAUAAAAUGGAGGGAACAAAAGUCGAAGAAGAUGGUCCUUCUUAUUUUAGGGCAUACCUGACUGCCCUCACUGUCACGAUCCUCAACUUCUCCACUGGCGCAGUGAUGGGUUGGUCUUCUCCCAUCCUCCCUAAACUCAACCUGACCACUCAUGAGCAAAGUCUUGUCGGAUCUCUGUAUUCCCUCGGAGCAGCUCCUGGACCAUUCAUCAUCACUUUUGGUAUAGACACCAUCGGCAGAAAGGGCAUGAUCUACGUACUCUGGGCUUCUUUUAUGAUUUCCUGGAUCAUCAUGAUCUGUUCUCAAAAUCUGUACGUUAUCUACAUAGCGAGGCUGAUCGGGGGUCUGGGUGUCGGAGGUGCAUGUUCUGGCAUACCAGUCUUCAUCGCAGAAUUAGCACUUCCAGAAAUUCGAGGCCGCCUGGGCACAUUGACUGGUCUUUCUUUUUCCGUCGGAAUUCUCAUAAUGUACGGGGUCGGACCUUACGUCACCUACACAACUCUGGCAAUAUUGGGUGUCGGGUUGGCUGCCAUUUUCGUAGUCUUCUUCUACUUCGUUCCGGAGUCACCCUAUUACUACUGUAAGAAAGGUAUGAGGAAGGAAGCCGAAGAAGCUCUUCAAAAGUUGAGGGGAUACCGUACUCGAGAGAAGCUUGAAGAAGAACUUGCAGAAAUCGAGAAAACAAUCCGUUUAGAUGAAGAGAAUGCCGUCGGUUUCUGGGAAGCGAUCAAGCAGCCAGUUGCUAUAAAGGCCAUCUGUCUCGGAAUACUGGUUGUGACGAUCCAGCAAUCCCAAGGAGGAAAUCCUCUAGGGGCCUACAACCAGAUCAUUUUCGAGAACGCCAAGCUCAACUUCCCGGCCAGUACAGUUCCGGUCAUCAGUUUAUUAGUUGGAGUGGUCUUGUCACCUCUACCAGUACUGUUGGUCAACAAGGUGAUGGGAGUAAAAACUGCUGUCAUCAUAUCUGGCAUUGGGACAAGUGUUUUCUUGGCUCUCCUCGGUCUGUACUUCUACCUGAUUAACAGCGGUGGAGUCGACUUGUACGAUUACAGUUACAUUUCUGUAGUCUUUCUACUUCUGUUGAAUUUAUUUAAUGGUCUUGGAGUGGGGAUAUUGACGUGGCCGAUCGUUGCCGAAAUCCUGCCACUGUCAGUGAAGGGGAUCGGGACUGGAAUAUGCGGGUUCAUCAGCUCUCUCGUCGGCUUCCUCUUCUUGGCGGUCUAUCCUAUCGUCGCCGAAAAUUAUGGAUAUUCUACAAACUUCUUCGGGUUCGCAAUUUUAUUAUUGAUACUGAUUGCAAUAUUCAAGUUCACCGUACCUGAUACAACUGGAAAGACCCUGCAAGAAAUUCAGGAAAUGCUGGCAAAAUGA